CUCAGAUAACCCUUAUGUCACUGACAUGGCUAUUGAGGAUUCCAAUAGUUCAGCUGAGUCAGAUAAUGCACCUACAACUUCCAAUUCACAAACUGAUAAAGUUCAACCUACAAACCCAAAGAAUAAUCUCAAUAGAUUACCAACAUCAAACAACAACACCAUUUCUACUUCGAACCAAGAUUUAGAUAAAGAAAUAAAAAUGGAAACAGAUUCUUCAAACACAGUUACAACCUCUGAACUUGAAGAAAAUAUACCUAAUGCUGAGAAGGCAGAAACUACAUCUGCAUCGACAAAAAAGAAAAAAGGAAAUAAAGGAAAGCUUCAAGCUUCAAACAAUGGAAUCCAAACAGCAGAAACUGAAGCCACUUCAAAAGAGGCUUCUCAAUCACAAGAUUAA